AUGGGUACAGUCAUUUGCCAUCCAUCAACUGAUUUAGCAGCGCAAUGCUCAGCAUGCUUACCAAAUACGUUCAGCAAAAGAGGAAAAAAGUUGUGGACAUUCCCAAUUACAACAAGCGUGUCAAAUGAUAGUGUUUACAGGCUAGCUGAUACUCUAAAGGGUUCACAGCCAGAGCAGCAAGAGCAAGUUAAUCUUCUUCAGAUAGAGCACGAAGGCAUAUUUUCAUCCAUUUCAUCAUCAAUUUAUGGACAUGAAGGUCGAGCAAGUGGAAAUGGAGAUAAGGAGAAUUUCCUUAUAAUUUUGAUGACGCAUUUAUGGCUGUUCAUAAAUAUUAAUAGGGCAUAA